AUGAUACAAUUAAAGAUCCAGACGAUGCUUAAUUGCAUCGACAACUCGGGCGCCGCCAUCGUCGAGUGCGUACAAGUUAUGAAGAUGAAACGAGCCGCCAAAAUUGGUGAUCGAAUAAUAGUCGUCGUCCAGAAGCAGCGAAACUUUGGCCCAGAGUCAGGGCCCGGCGCAAGUGUUUCCACGUCAGCAGCGAAUAAGGUCCGCAGAGGAGAUAUUAGACAUGCAGUUGUGGUGCGGACGGUGAAGAAGCUACAGAGGACGGAUGGGAGUGUAGUCAAGUUUGAUGACAAUGCUUGUGUGUUGAUCAAUAAGGCGGGUGAGCCGAUUGGGACGAGGUUGAAUGGUAUUGUUGGAACUGAGUUGAGAAAGAUGAAGUGGUCGAAGAUAUUAUCACUUGCUCCAAUGCAUUUGUAG